CUUUUGACGUAAAGCAUAUAAUUUACUGCAAUCAUCACUUUAAAUUAUGUAUGAACAAAAAAACUCGAAUAAUGAAACCUUUAAAUUCUGUUUACUAUAAAACUUCUCUCAAGAACGAAAAUUGUAUGCAAUACUGUUUGACUUUGAGUUUGCUGCUAAAAGAAGAUGACACUCGAGAAAAUCAGAAAGUUGACGUAGAGAAAGAACAACGGGGACAAUGAAGAAUGUGCUACUAAACACGAAAUCAAUUUAAAAGAGAUGUUUCGCCACAUGAAAACAAACAAAGAUUUCGCUCCAUCUCGAUCGAUGCCUGCUUGCUUGAGAAAAGUGGAUUUACAAACCGGAUUCUUGAAAAAAUUGAAAUGGAGGUUCAAAUGGAAAAUAAGAAGAAAGAGUUAAAAGAAAUACGUGAACAAAAGAAAAAAUUACUUGAACUCCAAGAUAAAACGGAAUCAAACUACAGGAUGACUUCUAAUUUAGAAACACAGCUGGAAAAUACUACUAAAAGAUUAGAUAUAGCCAAUAAAGAACGAGAUAAAUUUGAAAAGGAAUUAGUUAAUACAAAAUCAGAAUUAGCUGGAGUUAAACGGACUCUUGACUUAGAGCGUCAAGAAAGGAGAGAAUUAGAGACCAAAGCUUUGAAUCUAAUCAAAAGUGCAAAAAAAAAGUGGGAAAAUGCAGAGAAAGAUAAAAUUAAUCAACUGAAUAAACAUAUUGAAAGUCAAACUGUACGAAUCACAGAACUGUGCACGAGCAACAAUGAGAUGAGUUCCAGGUUACAGAGAAUAGAGACAGAACUUGAAACUGCAAAUGCAGAACUUCAUAAAUUGAGAGUCUUUGAAGUACAAUAUAAAGAAUCACUGAAUAAAAUGCGUGAAAUAAAUAGACAGAGUGCUGUAGGUGUAGAAAAUAAACUGGAACAAAUAUCAACAAGAGCUCAUAAUCAAAUAGCUGAGCUUAGAACUAAAUUAGAAUUAGAAACAUCAAAGAACAUAGAUUUAGAAGGAAAAUUAAGAAAUGAACAGGACUCUAGCCUUUGUCGACAAUCCAGGUUGAAUGUAGCUUUAGAGUUAGCUCAGAACGAACUGAAGGACUGUCAUGAACAGUUGAGGAGCUUAAAAGCCACUAUUCCUGCAAGAGAUGCUGAAAUCGAAACACUCAAACACCAACUUCAGGAGAAGUCCAAGCAGUUGGAAAAUGCCAGUAAUAUGGAACAACUGGUUGUUACUUUACAAGAGCAACUUGAUAAGUUGAAAAUAGAAAAUGAUCAAUUAAAACAGCAUCUAGAGUCCACAAAAUCCGAUUUACAUGAGACUAUGAUCAAUUUGGAAGUAAAUGAAGCAUUAGCUGCUAAUUUGGAAAGAGCAAAUCAAGACAAAGAUGUUUUGGAAAAAAGAUUGAAAUCGACUCUCCAAAAAGAAGAGGAACAGGGUCGCAAGGUUGGUAACCUGGAGGAGUUGGUUCGUCGUUUCGAGAAGAGCGUGAUGAAGCUCGAAGCAGAGAACGCUAGUUUGAAAACAAGCCAUCAACAACAGUCGCGUGCAUCAUUGAAUCGCCGUUCAGGUACUUCAAUCGAGGACACCGUGAGAAUGUCAAGUCUUGAGCAACAAAUUGAAAGUCUUGAAUCGCAACUCAAGACUAUUCGCGAAAAUGCAGAAGCUGAUCGUCAAGCAGCUAAGCAAGCUCAAUUAAAUCUUUGGAAAAAAGAGAAGGAAUUGUCGGAUGCAAAUCUUGAUAAGAGGAUAGCAACGAGAGAAGCCAAAACUGCCGAAGAAAAGGUAAAGAAAUUACAAGAGGAGAAACAAAAGCUGAUGGAAAGACUAAAUAGUAAAAUCAAAGACGAGGAGGAUAAGAUGAAAAAAAUGGUAAAGGAGCUCGAAGAAAUUAAGAAAUCAUUGAGUGAGGCUACUAAAGAUGCUACUAGAAACAAAUUACAGGCCGACUCGGCUCAAAAGGCGUUAACGCAAGCUAACAAACAGAUUGAAGAGCUACAGAGUUCGAGUGCGGCAUUACGUCGCGAAUUUGAUUCCACUCGUAAGCAGCUGCGAAACAGCCAAGAUCGCGUGGACUCAAUAAACGUAGAAAAAGAACGCUUGUCGCUACAAGUAUCCAAGCUAAAGGAAGAGAAUCGCGAAUUGGAAUCAAAACUUGAGAAGUUACAACGUGAAGAAAAUAGUUAUCAAGUGAACAUUGAUCUCUUGAAGGAAACCUGUACAGUACUUGAGGAACAACUAAAUGAUUAUGAGAAGUUAACCAGCAAUCACGAGACACGUGAGAAUACACUUAUUCAAGAAAAGAUGAAGUUGCAGAAGGAUCUCGAAGUUGUUGAAGGCAAAUUGCGUGAAGCUAACGCUUCGUUGGCCGAAGAAAAAGCUACGCGACUUUUUGCUGAAAGAGCUAUUGAGAGGCUUGAGUCCGAGGCCAGUGAUGUCGAGGAAGAGAGGAAUGGUCUUGUACAACAACGUGAUCAGUAUAAAAAGCUGACUCAGCAGCUUGGAAAACAGGUUGCGGAGUUGCAACAAAAUUGUGGAGGACUCGAGUGCGAGUUGUCGGAAACAAAAAGAAAUUUGGAGAUGUCGAAGGCAGAAGCAAGAAUUGUUAAGGAGGAAUGCACGCAGCAUCUUACGCGAUUACAUGAGAUGAAAGAGAUGAAUGAGCACCUUAGUGCUGAACUUCAGAGUACGGUUGAUCAAGGACAAGAGUGGAGGUCGAGAGUUAUCGAAUUAGAGGAAGUAUUAGAAGAAAUGCGUCAAUUCUAUCAAGAGCGAGAAAUGAAGGCAGGUAGCACUUGUCAGCAGCAGACUAAAUUGAUCGACUUUCUGCAGAUGAAAUUAGAAGAAGUUUCUACGAGUAAGAAAAAGAAGACUGUUUGCGAUAAGAUCUUCGGCUCUAAGCAGAAGGAAAAUAUACCACCUAUCAAUUCCAAUGCAAUGCCAGUUGGUUAUCGUGAAUUGGAAAACCAAUUAGAAUGCGAGCGAGCUAAAGUCAAAACCUUGACCGAGCAACUUCUGGCAAUCAAAGCAACUCGUGCAACUAGUCCACGUCCGAUUUCAAAUCCAGCUUCUCCAGAAAAAUAUCCGGUUAAUGCCGAGACUUUAGUAUCAACUCAAAGAAUGCGUCACAACAUACCUCACCGUUUCAACGUAAGUCUACCGAUGAGAGCAGGUAAAUGCGCUGCUUGUCUCGAGUCUAUACAAUUUGGAAAAAAAGCUGCCAUAUGCGCCGAAUGCCAAAUUAUGGCACAUCUCAAGUGCUCGGUUUCGGUACCAGCAAAUUGUGGAUUACCCGGUGGAUUCGCUCGACACUUGCACAAGGAGUCUAGUACUGAUAGCCUGUCAAGUUUUGGUGGCAGUGUGCAGACUCUUGCAAUUGACGAGCCAGAUCAUAUUCCUGAAAGGGAUACGGAUUGUACACGCAAACCAACAAACGGUGAGAUUUUGAUGGAAAGCUGGGUAAAACUACCUGGUCGAGCGAAAGCAUCGUGGGAUCGUAAAUACCUGCGUCUCGAGGGUUCCUGUUUGUGUACUUAUGAACACCAACCAAGUCCCGGAAUGUCAUCGAUAUCUCAGCUCGAUCUCACCGAGAAAGAUGGCUUUAUCAUCUGUGAAAACGUGACCCAACCAGAAGUACCAAGCACAGCUAAAAGUGAUAUGCCUUUCAUAUUCAGAAUAGAGUCUAAAUCACCAACUACCUGUUGGCCAAGCUCAAGACUUGAUAUUAUGGCACUUAGUCAGAUCGACAAAAAGGAUUGGCUGAAAGCUCUUAAGACAUAUUCCAAUCUAUCAACUAAGAUUGAAAAAUUUCAAACUAUUAUGAAGCUUGAAAAGAAUCAGCUGGACAUUAAUACAGUAGUCGAGCUUGAAGAUGAAAAUAUACUCUUGUUUGGUGCUGAGGAAGGAUUAUUUUCAUUUAGAGUUGGUCGAUCACGGUGUCUAACCAUUAUUCGUGGUGUAAAAAAAGUUUACCAACUUACAUUACAUUCUCAACUUGGCAUCGCACUCAUGAUCGCUGGCGAAGAUCAUGAACUAGUCUUAUGUGAUCUGCGACAAUUAAAAAAUAAUGCUUUAGCCGCUGAAUGCUCAAGACCAGCCAUCAAUACUAGAUCUGUACUGACUGGUUCUGAGAGCUGUCAUCUCUAUCAGAUCCAAGGAGAACUUCUUUGUGCUGCUACUGUUAGUCAAAUCAUAUUACUUAGAUGGGUCGUGACCGAAGAUAAUGGUGAAUUUAUCAGUGUUAGAGAAUUUGAAACGCAAGAGCCUUGUGGUUGUGCUCUAUUUACGGAAAAUCGUUUGAUUGUGGGAUGUCACAAAUUCUUCAAAAUCGACGUCAACAAUUAUUCAAUUGAUGAUUUUCCAGAAGAUGAUAAUCUAUUAAAAACAACUUUGAAUGGUGUGGCAAAACUUGGUAUUUUCCCAGUACAUGUACUUAAUGUCUCAAACAAUUCACAUAAAUUGGAAUUUUUACUGUGUUAUAACGAGUUUGGCGUAUUCGUCAAUGAAAGUGGUAAAAGAACUCGUGGCGUUGAUCCCAGUUGGAGUCAUUUGCCGUUCGCUUUCGCUUACUGCAAGCCUUAUAUUUUCAUUGUACACUUCUCGUCAGUUGAAAUUAUAAAACUUGACGCUAACUCAUACAAAUCGAUCUCAGUGAAUCCAGAAAGGCGUCUCAUAGAAUUGAGUAAUCCUAGAUAUUUAGGAUUAGCAGCAACUCGAGGAAUAUAUGUGUCGGCGACAAAUUCAAUUUUAGAAGUAUUAAAAAUUGAAGGAUUUUCGACUUUACAAAAUUUCAGCGAUAGCCUCACUAGUCUUAACACAUUAGUUGAGAAUGACGACACAACAUCAGAAUUCAGCUUUACUUCUAGCCUGAUGGAAGUUCUAGAUGGGAAGAAAGUGCACUUUGCCAGCAAUUCAUGAAAUUGUUAAUAAUUGUCGUAUAAGUGCCUAUUGAUAUAUAAGAUAAUAUAUAUCUAUUGGAUGAUUUUAUUAGGAUAGUGUAGAUUAUGGCCUUCUCUUGUCAAAUUAAUUACUUAGGACCAAUUGAAUUUUGUUAAAAUGACUUGAAUAGAUAGAGUAUUGAUUUAGUCUAU